AGAAGAUGCUCGACAUCGUAGAGAUCCCAACAAAAGCGCUCUUCCUUGAGCGCACGCGCUGCUUGAAGCGGACGCCAAUGCCAGCAACAGCGUCAACAACCAAAAAGACCACGUGGUACUUCCUUUUGGUCGACGACGACAUCGAUCGCGCGGUGGCCGCCGCCGUCUUGUCGACGACCCACGGCCUCUUCCUCGGACCUUCCAUGACGAGCAACGGCGCGAUUGCGCUAGGACAGUACGUGGCGCUGCACCAAAUCGCGUCGUUCCCGUCACUCCACGGGGAUCCAAGCUGCAUGGUCGCCUUUGCCAGCGGCUACUCACGGUCGCUUGGCCAUGUGACGUCGCUCAACACCCCGCAGUGGCUGGACAGGCUGUACUUCAACAUCGAACUCAAGAUCGACGGCGACUCGCUUUGGAGCCUUGACACAGGCAAGAACCACAACCGCUCGACGACCUUGUGCCGUGCCGAGAGCGAAGGCGCCACGAUGCACCGAUGAUUCAUGUAUAUUUACCUUUUCAAAAUGCAGCAUGUUGUGGUUAGUGCACACGAC